UCCCCCCCCCCUCUCUCUCUCUCUCUCUCUCUCUCUCUCUCUCUCUCUGACCCUCGCCCACUUCCCCACUCUCCUCCGUUCGCGCCCGCCGAACGAGCAGCAGCGGAUCCCUCCGGCCUCCUCACCUCACACUUCCGUCCUGCUCAAUCGAUUGAAUCCGUUAUCUCUUUGCCUCUGAUCAGAUCUUCAGUGUUUAAGCCCCAAAUUUUCUACCCCAAAGUGUGUGCUCCGAUCUUCUUUCGCUUCAUGUCUGAUCCUUCGGGUUCGGACGUGAACCGGCUCUUUCAGCCUCAACUGCCACCGCCUCCACCUUCGAGGCGGCAGCUCCCCUUCUCCUCGACCAAGCCGCCGUUCGCCCGCCCCGGGGAGUAUCGCAGGUUUGCUGCUGAGGAGAGCUCCCAGCAACCCGAUGCUAUCGUCGUCAAGACCCCGGUUAAGAGGAAGAAUAGUGCUUUGGACAAGAGUGCUGAGUUCAAUGAGAUUCCUAGUGUUAGCGGACACGUUGAUCUUGUUAAUAGAGCACUCCACCCCUGUAUCAGGAAAAUCGACAAAGACCAACAGGAGUUAUCGAUCCAAGGCUGGAUCACAAACGCCCAAUGCAAAUGUUGGUUCUCCUUCCGGCAAUAAUCAGACUCCCAUUGGUCCAUGCCGUUAUGACAGCCCUCUAGGUCUUCUGACGAAGAAGUUUGUUAACCUGCUGAAGCACACUGAAGGUGGAACUCUUGAUCUGAACAAAGCUGCUUAGACUUUAGAGGUGCAAAAGAGACGGAUCUAUGACAUAACGAAUGUCCUCGAAGGUAUUGGCCUCAUAGAAAAGAAUUUAAAGAACAUGAUCAAAUGGAAGUAAGCAUUUCUCGCUCAACAAUUACAAGUUUGAUACCGGUAGAUUUUAUUAUAAUCUUUUAAAAUUUGAGGGAUAUUGAAGGAGAUGUUACAUAAGGAUUGGCUUGUUUCAUGAAUUUACUAGGGGAUAUGAAGCAUCGAGUUCGGGCAAGGUUGAUGAAAGCUUUGAACGUCUACAGGUAUGUACUGCUUCAUGGUUUUUUUUAACAUGUGACUUGGGUUCUCAGGUGUAUAUGUACUCUUGGGAGGGUGAGACCAGAGAAGAUUGAGUAAAAUCUCAGAAAGAUUAUAGAUCCAUGACGGAUUUUUUCAGAAAUUCAACAGCUCCUGCUCCCUCUCAUGCUGCCCCUCCUGCUAUUGCCACGUCUCCCACUAGAAGUCCCAGUCCCGGUCCCGCCCCCACCCUUACAUCUCUUAAGGCUGCGGCGUGUUCUGAAGCAGUAUCAUUGUAGCCAAACACUUCUGAUGCUUCAUGUGAUAAGGAGGUGGCAGAUGCUAGAAACCAUGUCUCUUCUGUCUCGAGAUCCGAUUCAAUUCCAAAAGCCAGUUCAGCUCAGCCGGAGAAGCCCAACCCUGCUUUGAGCGAAGAGGGGGCACCUGCAAAGGAGACUUUGGACGUCAAGUCAUUCAAGGCAGAGGGCUGAAGCCCUGGAAGGGCUAUUGGAGUUGUCAGCUGAGUUGCUGCUGCAGAAUAGGUUGGAAGAGCUAGCAGUUUGUAUUAAAAGCCUUUUGGGAAAGAUAAGGUCUCUCCUAGGGAGACAGCUAUAUGGCUAGCCAAAAGUCUCAAAGGAAUGAUGGUCGAGGACAGUGUGAGGAGUUCUUGAGGCAUCAGAACUUGCGUGCGGUAAGCAUGCCCUAUUUUUCUUGCCAUGGGGGUCUCUUUGACAUUCCUAAACUAUUUCUUUGUUUCUUUCCUUCUUUUGGGUCAUGCAUUCUGCACAUUCAAGUUCCUCUUUGAAUAUCCGAGGGAGGGAAAACGACCUUUUUUUUUUUUUUUAAUGUCAAAGGCAUAAAUUUCCCCGCAACUAGGGUCAAUUCUUUAGAUGUAUCAUUUCUUGAAUAUAUCGAACAAACAUUUCGGAUUAUUUUGUGUAAAAUCAGCUUAAAAGCCUUUCGACAUGGCUGUAUUAAUUCCACCUGCGCAAGCUGAAGUCGAUA